AUAAAAGAUCAAAUAUUCAAGAACCUAGAACAGGCAAAACUUUAUUGUCAAGUAAUGGAGACACAACGAUGUGAGUUUGGAAAUGUAAUAAAAAAUUCAGAUCCUUUCAAUGAUCCUGCUGAUUACAAUGCAUCAAACUUACCAGCUUUUCAUAUUACAAUUCCUAUUAAUGAAGUAUUUUGGGACCCACCAUUUCCUAUCCCAUCUGCAUAUGUUCCAGUAAUACCUACAAGCAUGGUCG